UUCAGAAGUGUUUGGAGUCAUCGGUCUGUCUGGCACAGAUAUGUGUUGAUGUGCUUCCAGCUGUUUGUGUGGAUUCAUGAUGUCUGGACCUAUAGUCUGGUCUGCAGUGUAGGAUCCUCCCUACAGCCUCUGAGAUCAUCACACUUUUAAUUAGACCAGAUCCGCCAAUUAACAGAAAGUCCGCCGGUCCCUCUCAGCCUUUUAAAAGCAGCCGAGUCCAACCUCCAGCAGAACGCUGACAGAGGCUCACACAAGGUUCACUGAAGAUGUCUUCCACUGUACUUUGUGCUGUUACUCUGCUAGCAUGUGCUUUGACAUUUAGCGCAGCUCAGACAAGCUGUAAAGGUCUAUGUGGCAAUGAGUACAACAGGGGUAACAUGUGCCAGUGUGAUUACGGCUGCCUAGAGUAUGGAGAGUGCUGCAGAGACUAUGCAUCCCAAUGCACCACAAAAACCUCCUGUAAGGGACGGUGUGGAGAAGGUUUCAAAAGAGGCCGACAUUGUAACUGCGACUCUGACUGUGCUAAGUUCAACCAGUGUUGUCCUGAUCACAAGAUGCACUGUGAUGCAGAAGAAGCAAUCAGUGGAGCAGCCAGUAUACCAGCACCAAUGAAGACUAAUUCAUGUAAUAGCAUAAAUGAUAACAAGCCAAAAGAGCCGACUCUGACUGAAGCGACAGAUAUUUCUAAAUUCAGCGAGGAAAACCAUGCAGAAGACAGUUCCCUUCCUCUGGUCAGUCCAUCAUCAUAUCCACAAGAUGAUUUCGGUGACGAUAUGUACAGCCAGGUUUUUCCCAAUGAUGAGUUUUCCAACAAUGGAGCUGAGGACCCGGAGGCAGGUCCAGUCCCACAGAGCACCAGUGGCUACGAAUUGUCUGCAGCUGACCUGUUGGAUCAAAUAUCUACUGAACCCACCCAGGAUCCAGAUCGUCUGCAGCUCAGCACAGAGACGUUUACCGCCACCUCUGAAACACAGACUACUCUCCCAGAUAGUGAAUCAACACAGUUCGAUGUCAGCCCCUCCACCCUAUACCCCACUGAGAGCAUAGAUGCCAGGGAUGUUUCUAGUUCAUCCACCACAGGAACAGCUCUCCCUCAGCCCACAACAGCAGCAGCUGUCUCCAGUCACCCUCCCCCAACUACAGCACCCCAAUCUGACUUUUCUCCUACAGCCAACACCCAACACCUCCAGGCAGGGGGACAGGCAGAGGUUGACAUUCUUCUCGGAGAAAUGACUUUAGCUUACUCAGAUGACCUAGAAGUUACAACCCUAUCUACUUCCCCCCACACACCUGUGGAUUCAAGAUCCACAGGACCCACUCAGGGCUCCUCCACAGUCCUGGAAGACUCUCAGGGCACCACCAUCUCUUCAUUAGCACUGGACCUGACACCCAUCACUGAAGCAACAGCCUCAGACCCCGGACCAGCUGAUGCUGAGAGCAGUACAGACAGUGUCACAACAGCCCCCACGUCCAGUGUUUCUCCAAAAGGGCCCGGGGACCUGCCAGACCUCGAUGCCCUGACCACCCAAACGCCAUUGUUUACAGAUGCACUGCAGGAUGACACAACAAAGGACCAUACAUCAGGAGUAACCACUGUCGAUCUGCCUAAUGUCACCCCAGACCCAACCAAAAACACUCCAUUUGAAGUCACCGCGACACCCCAAGACAAACCAGCUCCAAACACGCCAUCACAAACUAAACCAACAUCACCUAAACCCGGCUCCAAUUCUGAGACUAAGCCUCUGAUCCCCACACAAACCCUCAGCAUAGACAAUCCUAAAGACUACCAAGCAGAUGACAGCAAUGAUACAAAUCUGUGCAACGGACGACCGGUCGGUGCAGUCACCACACUGAGGAACGGCACCAUGGUCGUUUUCAGAGGACACUACUUCUGGCUUCUUGACAGACACAUGGUGCCUAGUCCAGCGCAGAGCAUCACACAGAUGUGGGGGGUCCCUUCCCCCAUCGACACUGUGUUCACCCGCUGCAACUGCCAGGGCAAAACAUACAUUUUUAAGGGACCCCAAUACUGGAGAUUUGAAAACGGUGUGUUGGAUCCUCACUAUCCAAAGAUUGUUCAAGUGGGCUUUGAUGGACUACGAGGCCAAAUCACAGCAGCUCUGUCUGUGCCUCAGUACCAGAGGAGGAGAGAGUCAGUUUACUUCUUCAAAAGAGGGGGAACUGUGCAGAAAUAUUCCUACCAUUUUGGCACCACAACAUGUGGCAAGAAAGUCCACAACGCUGUGUACACAGGCGGCAGCAGAAUGGUUCGACAAGCAGUAUCUCUCUUAGGGCCAUCCAUCAACAUCCGGACAUCAUGGAAAGGUUUCCCUUCGACCAUCACAGCUGCUGUGUCCGUGCCCAGCCGCACAGAACCGGAGGGAUACAAAUACUAUGUCUUCUCCAGAUCCACAUCCUACAACGUGAAGACUGGAGGGGAACGUCCCGUGGUUGCUGCGCCAACAGCCAACAAGUCACCUAAGAGCACAGACCCCUUCAAAUGCCAAAAGAAAGUCUGAUGAAAGAUUUUGUUUUCUUAUAGUUUAUUACAUUCUUCAUAAAACACACCGCUCCAGCAUGGACUGAUCAAACAAGGUACUUUAGUACAUUAAAAAACAAAAGCAAAAAUGAAAAUAACAGGCCUCGGAACAAGUGAACACUAUCAAAGCUGAAUACAGAAUCUGAGCACGCUGAUUGGAAAAUGUGUAAUGUAAUUCUUAAAAGGGAAUGACAUCUCCUCCUAGUCACCUCCGUCUCCAAGCUUUGUGAUGAGUGCUUCAUCUUGCAAAUCGUCUUCCAUGUAAACCCCGAGAAGGAAAUCCCUGGCCUGUAGGGAUACAGUAUUUUGUUAAAAUGAAGCCUGCUAUACUGAUAUAAAGAUUCUGUACAGUGGCUGUAUAAAACUUGUAUGACAUGUAAACAGAGGUGGUGUUUCAUCUGUUAUUCUCAUUAAGAUGUAACCGUAUUAUAAUACACAAACAUGUAUUAAAUGCCAUGAAUGGUGAUUAACGAAACAAA